AUGGCGACCGCAGCGUCUAACCACUACAGCAUCCUCACCUCCAGCGCCUCCAUCGCGCACCCGGAGCCCGGCGGCAUGCAGCAAGCCGCGGCGUACCGGGACGCGCAGAGCCUGUUGCAGGGCGACUACGCGCUGCAGGGCAACGGCCACGCGCUCAGCCACGCGCACCAGUGGAUCACGGCGCUGUCCCACGGAGAGGCCGGGCCCUGGUCCUCCGGCGCGCUGGGCGCGGAGCAGGACGUGAAGCCCGCGGUGCAGCGGGACGACAUGCACGCCUCCACUAACGGCAGCAGCCUACAGCAGCACCAGCAGCAGCAGGCGCGCCCCCCCCCACACCUGGUGCACCAGACGCACGCGAGCCACCACGACGGCCGGCCGUGGAGGAGCACCGCGGCGGGGGUGCACAUGGCCGGCAUGGCGACCACCAACGGCCAGAGCCUCAUCUACUCCCAGCCCGGGUUCGGCGUCAACGGGCUGAUCCCGGGCAGCGGAGGAGGAGGCGGCGGGGGGGGUGGAGGCGGCGGAGGUGGAGGAGGAGGAGGGCCGGGGAUGCACCACCACAACCUCCGAGACGCGCACGAGGACCACCACAGCCCGCACCUCAGCGAGCACGGACACCAGCACCAGCACCAGCUCCGGCCCCAGGGCCACCACGACCACUCGGACGAGGACACGCCGACGUCCGACGACCUGGAGCAGUUCGCCAAGCAGUUCAAGCAGCGCCGGAUCAAGCUGGGCUUCACGCAGGCGGACGUGGGGCUCGCGCUGGGGACCCUGUACGGAAACGUGUUCUCCCAGACCACCAUCUGCAGGUUCGAGGCCCUGCAGCUCAGCUUCAAGAACAUGUGCAAGCUGAAGCCCCUGUUGAACAAGUGGCUGGAGGAGGCGGACUCCACCUCGGGCAGCCCCACCAGCCUGGACAAAAUCGCCGCGCAGGGCAGGAAACGGAAAAAACGGACGUCCAUCGAGGUGAGCGUAAAGGGAGCCCUGGAGAGCCAUUUUUUGAAGUGCCCUAAGCCGGCGGCGUCGGAAAUAAUCAGCCUGGCGGACAGUCUCCACCUGGAAAAAGAGGUGGUGAGGGUUUGGUUUUGUAACCGGCGGCAGAAGGAGAAGCGCAUGACGCCCCCGGGGGGAGCGCUGCCCGGGGGCGAGGACGUGUACGGAGACACGCCGCCGCACCACGGGGUCCAGACCCCGGUCCAGUGA